GCGAAAUAUCGUGAAGGGUUUCUUCUUCACGAUAUUGCACGGCUGAAGGAUAAGCCAUUCGGCCCUUGCGGCACCUCUGUCUUUUUAGGCAAUGGGUGACGAUAAGCAAGGGGCGCAGGUCCGGCUCAAGGGGGAAACCUUUUUGUGCUGGACCGGAGCCUGGGAUGUCCUGGACAAGGACCUCGAAUUCCAGGCUCAGGACCAACGUCCGACUAAUAAUCUAAAAAGCAAGACCGCUUUUGAGACGGGGUACGCUCGUCCUUCCCCUGCGGGAGGAAAAUACGAGUACUCACGGGUUGGCGAGCAAUUCGCCAUACCCAAGCUAAGUCUCAGUCCGAAUCAGACGAACUACUGCAAGGACGUCAGUGACGAGGCUUUGUACGAGAUCGCGCGACGGAGUCAACAAAAGUUCGAGAGCGAUCAAAUGGAGAGGGUUGCUCGGUACGCGGCGGAGCACGGAGUCGAUGUGCCUGGCACGGGUGGUGUGAGGGGAGGAGAGGUGGGGCGGCAGCCCGUGGAGGGAGCGUUAGGAGGGGUCGGGAGAGAUGGUGGAGGUGGAGACACGGAGGAGGGCGCGAUCGACGUCGAUCGCGAGGCGCGUGUCCCGGGCGAGAAGGGAGUCCCGGGACACGAGGACGUGCCUGAGGUUUAUCCAGGCACUGGGGAGAGGAUGGAGGAUUUUUUGAGGCGAGCAGCCAACGGACCUGUAGGGGAGGGUUCUUCCAAGAGGAAGGAAGGUGGAACAGAUCCGGUUGCCGCCCCAGGUGGGAAGAGGCUUCGCCAGCAGAAGGUCACUGACGUCUACGGUGGCGAGUGCGUUGCUCGCCACAAGAAGACAUUCCUUCGCUGGCUCUAUUCCAGCGGGGUCCCCUUCAAUGCCUUCCGCAACCAGGCUUGGAAGGCAUACCAGCAGGUCCUUCUUGAGCAGCCUGGCAGUUCCCCGCGCGCUGUGUUCCCCAGCCACAGCGAGAUUGCGAGUAUGCAGGCGGUGGAGACCCACCGUGAGGAGCUGGCGGAGGAGUUGGAGGAGGUGAGGCAACCAUUUUGGAUCACUGGUGCCACCCUCCUCUCCGACGGGAGGAAAUCACAAGACGGGAGACCGAUCGUGAAUUUCCUUGCCGCCGGCUCGCGAGGGGUCGUCGUCUAUACGACGAUCAAUCGCAAGGGCGAGCCGGACGAUGCAGUGCACGUCCUUCGGAGAUGGGUGACCAUCUUCCACGAGUUUAGUUUCGGCGGCCCGCAGCGGGUCAAUGCGAUAUGCACAGACUCCGCAUCGGCGUACGUGGGGGCUGGGAGGGCAUUGGCCUCGCAUUGGACUCCGCAUCGGCGUACGUGGGGGCUGGGCAGGAGGAUCACUUGGCUUCCGUGUUCUGUCCAUGUCUGCAACAAAUUGUUGUCAGACAUGGGGACGAGUUGCGACGCGUUUGUGGACGCGAUUACACGCGCUCGUGUUCUGGUGGUGUUUUUCAAAACCCACCAGGCCGCCCUUUAUUUCUUUAGGAAGCGCAACCCCAACAAGGGGUUUGUGCUUUCUUGCGAGACGCGGUUCGCGCCUGUUUAUUCUAUGUUGGAGAGAUUGUUGGCCCUGCAGGACGCUCUGCAGGCGAUGAUGCGAGGGGAUGACGGGCGGGAGUUUGCUUCUAUACCGUGGUCCGCCGAUGUGUGCAACAUGGCGCGUUGGGUGCGCCGACAGAUCAGAUGGGAGCCUUGGUGGCACACGAUGGCCACCAUAGUCCACAUCAUGCAGCCCGUCAUGGAGCUGCUUAGGCGGAUGGAUCGUGGGGGGCAGUACAUGUCCCUCAUGAUCGAGUGGACACAGGAUCUUGUCCGCCGUGUCACUGAUGCAUGCGCUCCUUUGGGGAGGGUUUUUGCUGACUGCAUCAUCAGGCGUGUGCAGGCUCGCACACAGCACAUGCUGGAGCCUGCUCACUGCGUGGGGUUCUUACUGAACCCCCGCAGGCGACAUGUUGAGUACUUUUCGGGCGAGGUGAGGGAUUACCCUCGUUGGCUUGUAAGGCAAGCCAAGAGGUACAUUUUGACGCAGACGGGUUACGAGGAGGAUGGUGUGGAGUACAUCAUUGCAUGUCGGCAGUUUGAGGACUUCCACAUGCAGCAGGGCACAUUUGGGGAUUGGGGAGGGGAGGAGGGGCGUGCUCGUGGGCGUGCUUGCAGCGGCGACAGGGAGACAAUUGAGUGCGCGUCCUGGUGGUCUCAGUACGGGUCUGGCGCGCCUGAGUUGCAGCGCUGCGCUCUUCGUGUGAUGCACAUGUGGUCUUGCGCCUCUCCAGCAGAGAGGAACUGGGCAGUCCACGAAGGCAUUCACACGAAGAAGCGCAACCAGUUGGCCUUUGAGAAGGUCGUUCAGCUCGUUGAGAUCACCGCGAAUGUGCGGUUGUCGGAGUAUCGGCGGGCUGGGUGCGGUUAUGUGCUGCCAUGGCAGCGGGACGAGGGCAUGCUAGACUGUCAGGGCGGAUUGGAGUUGGAGCCAGUGCGCACGGGCACGCGCAGGGGGAUGACGCCGGAGGAGAUUGCCCGUCAGGUUGCGCUUAUCACCAAGGAUCCCAUCGAGGUCUCCGCACCACCCGCCGCUGAGGCCGUAUUUGGUAGACGUGCUUCCAUUUUCCGUCCUUACCCCAGGGAGGAUGAUUCCGACGAGGAGCCGGUACCCGAGGCAGCGGACGACCCCGCGCUCCGCAUUCCCCGUGAGAUCGACGAGACGCACCUGAAUCCCGAAGAGGACACCAGGGCGCAUACUGCACGACGGGACGCUGACAGGGCAGAGAGGGAGAUGAUGGGGGGAGAGGAGGAGUUGUGGGGACCGUUCGGGGAGGUCGCUUCUACGGGCAACACAGGAGCGCGGGCGACGAGCCCCGCUCCGACGAGGCAGGAGUCGUCCAUGCCGCCACCUUCUGCUCCAAGUCCUGCACCGCCAUCGCCCGUCGCGCCAUAUGAGCCGACCACAGUAGCAAAGGACACAGAGGAGUUGGCGUCCUCUUUGCCUCAGCGCGGACUACUCCACAGAGGCGGGGCAGUCCGACAACUGAGGUUACGAUCACCUUCUCUGGGGGUCUUGCAGAAGGAGGGGGGACCGUCGGCAGCAGCAGUGGAGGGGGAGAUGACAGUGGAGGGGGGAUUGGAGGGCACGACGAUUGCAGGUGUGGUGGACCAGAUAACUGUAGCAGCAGCGACUUCAUUGCUAGAGGAGAUGGCAGCUUCAGUGUUGGCGGAGGAGGCACCAGCGCCAAGGGGAGCAGAUGCAGUGGAGGGGCAGGCGGGAGUAGCUGGAGGAGCAGCGGGAGGAGCAGCGGGAGGAGAAGCUGGAGGAGCAGCUGGAGGAGCAGCUGCACUGGAUGGGCUUGUGGCUGCAGCAGCAGGAGCAGCUGGAGGAGCGGAUGCAGUGGAGGGGGGAAUGCCAGGAGCAGUGGAGGAGGAGAUAGGGGCACAGGCGGAGGUGUCGCGUGGGGGCGGCGACGAGCGCCUCAUGCAGCAGUUCCUCACGGAGCAGUACGAUCCGGUCAUGGCGGGUAUGACCCCAGGACGGCGGCGAGACGAGGGUGUGGGUGACGCACGAUGUGUGGUCCGGGAGACAACGACAGGUCUAGUCGUUCCGUUCUCGGGCCUGCACUUGGCUCAGGGCCGACAGUCGCAGCCGGUGUCGGUGGCAGUGCAUGGUGUGCCACUGCCCAUUAUCACGGAUUUGGGGUCCGAGCCGGUGGUUGCGCCACCGCGUCUUCCUAGUCACUUUGCUCCGCAGGAGGUCCGCCGUCCUUUGGAUGCAGACGAGUUGGCGAGAGAGGCUGUCCGCGAUGUGACUCGCCUGGACCGGCGGGUCUUUGACCAGAGGCUACAACAUCCACCAUGGCAGGCGAUCCCUCCAGUUCCAUGGGGUCCUGCGUCGCCGGUGUGGUCUGGGUCUACCUCCACCGGAGCACGUACGACGGGAGAUGUUCCAGGGGUUUCAGGUGGCGUCGUGGAGACGGCGCCACGUACACGAGACAUGCCACCCCCUCCUCCUAGACCACCUGUAGCUGAUCCGUCAUCGUCGCCCACAGGCAAAGGCUCUCGAUCUCCACACACGCCUGGGAGGUCUAGGAUUCGAGACACUACAGCCGUUGUGGGGGACGUGAGUGACACAGCGUUGUUCAGGAGGACAGACAUAGAUUUGGAUUCCACCCGCCGUGUCACGGAGCACACUGCACGUCUACAGCCGGGUUUGGGACCCCGCGGCUGCAGGAUGACCGCAGCGAGGGAGGUGGCAGCAUCAGGUUGUGAGCCUCAGCGAGGUCGUGGUAGAGGAGUGUCCGUCGAUAGCUUGGAGUACGCUCUGAUGACAGCGACGCGUGCCGUACAUGAGCAGACUCCACACAAGCGCGGAGUGCCUCCUCGUCCACGCCCCGUGCCCGCAGAGGGAGGAGAUGCACUUGGAGAGACUUCGGGGGCAGAGGGGUUGGGGAUGCCUCGUGGAUCGCACCGUAAGCAGACGGUUACAGAGGCUAGUGCGAGGGUUGUUGUGUUGAGGAAGGCAGGAGCCCCUGUCACCAUCGAGGAGGAUGAUCCUGAUACAGAUGUGGCAGUGCGGGAGGAGGACGAGGACUAUGAGGGCGAGGAGGAGGGAGAGGAGGAGAGCGAGAGAGGUUCUGAUGGUGACUACGACCACGAUGAGCACAAGCCCCCACCUGCCCCACCGAAAGAGGCUGAACUGCGGGCCCAGGAGGAGAAACUCCGCCAACAGGCCCAGGCAGUUGAGUCUUUGAAGGCUGAGCUGAAGAAGAAGGAAGAAGCAGCUCAGAAGGAGGCUAGGAGAAAACUUCUGAUUGCAGAUGUGGAGAAGGAGAAGAAGAAGCAUAAGUUAGAGCUCAUCCUACUUCGACCCUCUAUCCUAGGAGCCAAGAUCAAAGGGCUUUUAGACUGUGGGGCUACUCGCAACUUCAUCUCUCCCAAGGCAGUCAGCAAGCUGCACUUGGAUCAAAGGGAUUACCUUCAUUCUCGAUUGGAUAUGACAUCUGGUCGUCAUCCUGAAGCCAAUGGACAGCCUGAAGUGAUGAACCAGAUUCUGUUCCAAUUGCUACGUGCAGUGAUCAGUCCAGAUCAACAGGACUGGGAUCUCCAUUUGAGUCGUGCACAGCUUGUGUACAACACGUUUGUACACUCCUCUACCGGCUUCACACCCUACCGGUUGCACUGGGGUCGUGAGCCACGGCAGGCUCUCGAUGACAUCAUUGACAAGGCUACACCUACGUUGACGCCUGGAACUGCAGAGUUCACCAGACGUUACCGUGUCGACGUUGAGCGCGCCCGUGCUAACCUGUUGAAGACCCAAAAGGCAAUGAUUCAGCAGGCCAAUAAGCACAGACGUCCCUCUACUAUUCGCACCGGUGACUGGGUGUGGGUACUCAGUUGUGAGCUAUCACGGGAGGAGGACAUAUCGCCUAAGUUGUUGCCACGAUACAUGGGUCCAUGGCAGGUCUUAAAUACAGUGGGAGCCGAUCCAUUUGGACCAUCGUACACAGUGGAUGUCCCUCUGCAUCUACAAACCUGCCCUGUCUUCCAUGCAUCUAAGUUGUUGCCGUUCACGCCCGCUGAUGCGUUCCCAGACAGGCCUCCUCAGUUCGGGCCCCCUAUCCCUGGCAAAGGGUAUGAGGUCGAAACUGUGGAGGAUGAGUCAGGUUCCAAGGCAACGCCUUGGACCAGAUCAUCGCAGGAUUCCAGAAAACCAUCCUGGGCAUUAUUUGGAGCCCUCAUGAUCCGAGCCUUAUUGCUUCAAAUGGGUCUGAUCAGGUUGUUAGAAUCUGGAACGUUGAGACUGAAGCAGAGUGCCACGUCAGCAGUGCAGAUCAGUUGUGCCACGUCAGCAGUGCCACGUCACAGUGCCAAGUCACAGUACCAUGUCAGCAGUGCCACGUCACAGUACCACGUCAGCAGUGCCACGUCACAGUGCCAGAUCAGCAGUGCCACGUCCGCAGUGCCAGAUCAGCAGUGCCACGUCCGCAGUGCCAGGUCACAUUGCCACGUCAGACAUAGUGCCACUGCCACAUCAGCAGUGACACGUAAGCAGCAUUGCCACGUCAGCAACAUGACGGGCCUGCCAGGCCAAUUGGCCAAUGAGACCAUUGCCGCCUACAAGCAGCGUUGCCUGGCUCAGAUAGAGGCUGAGGAACAACGCCUGCUGGCAGUCGAGGCUGCCCGCAUACAAGCUGAAGAGGCAGCAGCAGCAGAGAAACUGCGGUUACAGGCCGAUGCAGAAGCAGAUGCCCAGGCUCGCCGAAAGGAAGCCCAGGAUCUGCUGCAGCGGCAUGAAGCCAAUAGCAUCGACAGACUUAAGUACUGGCAUUUUCAACCAAACGGCGACGACGCAACACCGGAAGAAAAGCACAAGGAGUUCCCCUCCAAACUCGUGACGCGGUUGUUGUAUGCUUGCAACUACCAAAGGUCAGAGUUGGAGAGACAGCACCGGGACCUGACGCAACAACAUCAGGAAUUGGCGACGCUCCGCCGCACAGUGCAGAGCCACGAGGAUGCAACUCGGGCACUCAAUGCCCGAUUGUUGGACCUGGAACAGGCUGUACCAGGACCAGCUGCUGGAGCUUCCAGCAGUGCACCCUCAAGUUGCCAACUGGAGGACCGCGUUGACCACGUAGUGGCAAUGCUCGGCGACAUCAGCACCUUCGCUGCGCCGACCACCACCAUCAGCAGUCAGCUGCAUUCAUGGAAGACCGAGGUCCAGAAGCUGCAGUCGACGAACGCGGACGACAAUCCGAAGAUGUACAAGAUGCCAACUUUCAACCUGGAGAGGUUCGACGACUACACGCAGCAGAAUCCCGUCCUCUGGUGGGAAGCAUUCACAACGCAACUCAGGAUUCUGCCAGUAGCCAAGCAUGCAUACAUCGGCGCCCUGUUCUUGAACUCAAAGGGUGGAUGCCAGACCUGGUUGAGCCACCUGGCAACCUCCCAUGGCGUCGACGUACCAGACUUGAAGGACGUAAUCACAUGGGAGGAACUAACACGGCUGUGGAAGAAGCGGUUCAUCGUCGACGACGCGCCGACACUCGCCAUCAACCGUUUGUUCACCAUGUCACAGGGCAACAUAGCAACACGGGACUGGCUCACGGAGUGGCAGAAGAUUGCGGCUGUGCCCAAUCUGAACCUACCAUUCCAGCAUCUACGCUGUGAGUUCUACAACAGAGAGAAUGCGCCAAGGCCCCAUCCACUUGGGAAGGAGCUCGCGAGAGAUGUCUUGCUCAAGGCUGAACUCCGCGGCGGAGACCCAAACCAGAUCGCCGGCGCGGAACGAGCAAGGAAGGCGAUUGCGGUUGGCUUGACGGCUCAUCCGUAUUUGUGUCUUCAACAUCUGAUCCCGUGCCUUGACAAGAAGCUCUUGCAUGCGACGAAGGAACGCAAGAUGGUCGUCGCUCUCAGCUGUGCGCGGCAAAGAACAGGAAAGCGAGUACUUUGGCGCCAAAAGCGCCAAGACCACACCCUUGUCGUAUUCGAUGACGAAACUGUGGAAAGGUGGUCGUUAGAGGCCGAGGGUGUGGCGAACAACAGUGAUUCCGGGAAGGGGGAAGUCACUGCUGUCGUGGUCAACAAGGGACGACCACGACCACCAGUUAAGAAGAAGAAGCCACGCUCGUUUCCAGAGCAUCCCGGGAUUGCAGUCGGGAAACCUUGGGAAAAGAAAGAAGGAAAUGAGUUUCCACACAGACCAUCUAUGAUUCCACCAGAUAUGGAUGGCAGAUACGAGGUUGACCGGAUCAUGGAGCAUGGCUACUUCUCUACGGGAGGACGUGGACGACCUCAGAAGCAGUUCAAGAUGGAAUUGGAGAGGCAUGCACCAUGCGCUUUCUCUCCUCUGAUUGUGAAAAUGUCUGAAAAGACAAAAUUGAAGAGCGUAAUGAUGUGGAAAGCCUGGAGGACUGUGACAGCGAUUUCAUAUAGCGUGCUGGCGGGGCCUAGAAUUUCUGCGGAAUCGCUAGCGACCUCGGUGGCAGACCUUUUGAGAUCUGGCAUUCUGAAUGAGGAUAGCGACUUGGAAUCACGGGCCUUCGUUGUAGAUCUGGAUAGAUACUAUAGAGAUUAUGGGUUUGGGGAGGACAUGAACGACUGGUACAAAGAGGAAGAUGUCAUGAGGCCGGACCUGCCCCUGGGACACGAAGGCAGUGGUACCGAGGGGGAAUAUAAGUUAGAUGACUCGUUAGCCAAGGCACAAGAGGACCCGUCGGGGGACACUUCAGAAGCAGUGGAUGCAAGCGACCAGACCACUACCUAGGGUGAUAUUUACCAUGUCCCAAGCCACAUCUCCCUCCCAUUCCCUCUACGAUGAAUGUCUUUAGACAGCGGGCAAAAGCAAAGGAAGGUAAGGUGGAUUGUAAGACACAAGGAAUAAUCAUUAGAAGUUGGGAUAUCAACGAUUUGGGGAACAUUAUGAAUAGCGAAGACGUUGAAGAGAAAAUGAACAACAUAAUCAAAGGAAUCACGGACUGCACAAACAAACAUGCAAACAUCAUAACGCUGCAAGAGACUCACCUCACCUUUUCAAUAAAACAUAACAGAAUCG